GCAGCAUCUCCCAGUCAGCCUGCAGACAGAAAUGGCAUGCAGCAGCCUUUUGAGGAAAUCCCCCUGAUGGGGCUUGUAUACCCGGAAAGUUGGUCAGAAGAUGAGUAUGAUGACCUCAUGGAAGAAGAAGCAUCCUACCAGACAAACAAGGCACUUGUUGUGAAAGCGGGUAGUAAGUCGAAACAUCCGACCAAGCCUGGCCAGCUAGUGACACCGAGCACAAUGGAGCAGGCAAGAGUAGAGUUCGCAAGAGCAGCCCUGGCAGCGCUCUCCUUCGGUACCAACUUCGUCAUAUUCUCAUCAGAUUGGGAAGCCAAGUAUGGCAGGUCCGAAUGUGGUCGAAAGCUGCUACCGCCUAGGUUUGUUACAGGCUCAGUAAGGGACGUGACCACCAAGAUCAUGAUCCUAGAUCUUAGAGAAGCCAGCGGGUUUGAUGUGGCGCCGACGGCGGAGGAGUGCUCUGAGUUGACAGCGAUAGCCUUCCCGCCCUUUCCCAAUGGCAUCCAUGAGAAGCACACUGUCCUCUGUGGUAUUUCGUAUACCGAGGACAAAAAGAAAGGGCGGUGGAGCCGCAGGGCGUCGCGAAUCAGG